AUUGCACGGUUAGUGCAACGAUGGAGACAACUGUAAAUAUUUAUGUCUGUUAAUUGUUCAAGUGCACUUUAAAUUUUCAAAAAAAAAAAAAUGAUAGACGGAAAUAUAUCGAUGGAGGAGGACACAGAAUUGAGGGACCUGGUCGUACAAACGCUCGAGAAUAAUGGCGUUCUCGCUAAAGUGCGGGCAGAAUUGAGAGCCAGCGUGUUCUUAACUUUAGAAGAACAGGAAUCUGUGUUGAAUCCAGAACCAUUUUUAAAUAAAUCAAUCAAACAGUACCUGGCCAAUUCGGAAGGAAAACUAUUAUUUUCUUUAGUGAGAGAGUUCCUAGAGUAUUUUGGGCUUGACUACACAAUUUCAGUAUUUGAACCUGAAACUUAUUUUGGUAAAGAGUACAACUAUGUAGGUAGAAAAAAACUGUCAGAGGAAUUGGGAAUUAAUUCUAGUGAGCCACUGCUUGGAGAAAUUUUGAAAAAUACUAUAAAUGGUGCCUUAAACAAUACCCAAAAGAAUGAUUCUAGCAAUAUCAAAUUAAGUAAUACAAGUGGAGCUGCAGAAAAUGUUGGUAAUGCUACUUUUGAUAUCAGUGUCCCAAAAAUGUUGCACAAAGAUGAGCAAGAAUCAAUUUCUAUUGAUACAUCUGAAAAGUUGGAAAGUUUAUCUAAUUCAAAUGUGCAAGUACCUAUUAAUGUGACAAUAACUGAUAAGAAACAAAACCAAUAUUCAAUUAAUAACAAGAAACCAAACAGUCUAGAUAUGUCUGACUCUAAUUCUAAUGAAUCAAAUAACAAGAAUUUACAAAACAUAAAUGAUAAAAGUAUUACUUUAGAAACUGCCACUGAUCAAAGCAACAAAGUACUGAGUGAAACAGACAUAAAUGUUAAUCAUUCUAAAUUAAUAAGUUCUCAACCAGAGAUACAAAAAAAUCCAGAAACGAAUAAAAGUAAAAAAAGCAUGAUGGAAUUUCAAGCAGUAAAAAAUGUGAAAAAUACAAAACAAAUUGAUCCAAUGAAUAAUGUUGGGAAAACAGUAUUUUUCGAUCAAAUGAUUGUUGAUGGAAAACAAGAAAAAAUUACAGAACCCAAAAAUGACAAAACGUUACUUGGUGAACUCCCACCUCUUUCAUCAACAAAUAACUCAAUAUUUGGUGACCUACCACCAUUGAACGGCAAAAAAGCUAAUAUAAAUGACCUGAAAGAACUGAUGGAUAUAGCUCAAGGGGUUUCACAGUAUGACGAUGACUUUCCAUCAUCUGCCUCAGGUAGUGCUAAUGAGCAAAGUCCAUCAAAAGCUAUAGAUAAGUCUGAACAUCAUUUAAAAGUUCAAAUAAGUGAACUUGAAUCAUUGCAAAAUCUACAAAGUGAAAACGAAAGUGAAGAAAUAGAUGAAGAAAUACCAAGUAGUAUAUCAGGAGUUGAUAAUAUUGCUGAAAAAAAUUCUGAAAAUUUGUCCAUUUCUGCUGCAGUUCAUUCAGAAUAAACGCAUCAAAAAAAAAAAAAAAAACUCAUUAUUUAUAGAGCCAACACUGGAAGAGAAAUGUCAAAACUACAAAUCAAGCCUUGUUAAUGUUUCCUAGCUAGUAUCUUCAGAAAUAAUUUGCUAAUGCAACAGACUAGCACUACUAGAACGUAAGUUCAUAAAUGAAACAUUAACUGUGAAUGCGUGCCUAUGUACACAUACACGUUACUUAAAUCAAAGCAUAUAAAGUAUUUUUAUAUAUUUAUGACGUAUCUGAGCAAAACUUUUAACCAUAUUAUGUUUUUUAAACAAUCGAUUAAUUAUACAUAUUUUUUAUCAAUUUUUCAUCACUGAUUUUGUUAAAAAUAAUCAUUUUAAUCAAGAUUAUUUGUUAUAACAAAAGAAAAUUUUACACGUACUUUUAAAAAUGCUAACGAAAUUUUUUUAAUGUUUAAAUAAUGAAAUGACAUCAUCAAUCUUUUAAUUAUAAUCAUUUUGAAUCUAUGACUUUUUGACAUAUAUUUGUCUUUAUAAUUUACAGUAUAUUAGCAUUUAUAUUUUUAAGAAAU